AUGGGAAAGUCCUCGAAGGACAAGCGCGAUGCGUACUACCGUCUCGCGAAGGAACAAAAUUGGCGCGCCCGAUCCGCUUUUAAACUCAUCCAAAUCGACGAACAAUUUGAUCUAUUCGAGCAUGAGAAUCCGGAGAAAGUGACCCGGGUAGUCGACCUUUGCGCCGCGCCCGGUAGUUGGAGUCAGGUGCUCAGCCGAGUACUGAUCAAAGGCGAGAGCUUUGGCCGCCGGUCUUGGGUCGAGAAGAGACGCAAGGAACAGGCGGCAUUGGAGAACUUAGACGGAGAUGCACCGGCGGCGAACCAGGGCGCAGACAUUACAGACUCAACUGCAUUGAAGCCGCGGAAGAACGUCAAAAUUGUUUCUAUAGACCUGCAGCCUAUGGCACCCCUCCAAGGCAUUACAACCCUCCAAGCCGACAUCACUCACCCCUCCACGAUCCCUCUUCUCCUACAAGCCCUAGAUCCCGAAGCCUACGACUCUACAUCUUCCACGCCGCAUGCAGUCCGCCAGCCACAUCCAGUCGACCUUGUCAUCUCCGAUGGUGCUCCUGACGUUACUGGUCUUCACGAUUUAGACAUCUACAUCCAGUCCCAACUCCUUUAUUCCGCACUCAACCUAGCCCUAGGUGUCCUCCGACCAGGAGGCAAGUUCGUUGCCAAGAUCUUCCGUGACCGCGACGUAGAUCUCCUCUAUUCCCAGCUCCGGACUGUCUUCGAGCGUGUAAGCGUUGCGAAGCCAAGGAGUAGUCGCGCCAGUUCUCUGGAAGCCUUUAUCGUCUGCGAGGGUUUCAUCCCACCAGCCAUUCACGAUACCUUGCUUGGCAUGGACACCCUGAAAAAUCCUCUCUUCGGCGGCGCAGCAAUCCCGCAGCCCGUAUCAGCGGAUGGGAACAUCGCUGUCAAAGUGCCAGAAGAGAAGCCGAGCAUAAAGAAGUCCGCUAUCACGUCAUCAGACUCUGCAACGAGAGAUGCGCAAACUCGGUUAUUACACAAUGACUCUGGCGACUCAACAACGCCAGAACCUCUCUUUAACAAUCCCCAGAAGUUCGCUGCAGAGAACAGGUGGAUUCCCUCGUUCAUUGCAUGUGGUGACCUCUCCGCUUGGGAUUCGGAUGCGUCAUACACGCUGCCUCCUGAUUAUGUUAACUUGGAUCCUGUACAACCACCCAUGGCACCGCCAUAUCGGCGUGCACUUGAGCUGAGGAAGGAGAAAGGUGGUGCGUAUGGCAAGACGAAAUUGGGGACUAUGGGACGGGCGUGAUCGUGUUAGCCGUUUUGGUCAUGUACGUCGCAUUGAGACUUUUUCUUAUUCAUCUUGAAUCUGGUUUCUCAAUUA